UUGCCUGACACCAGGGCCAGCAAUAGUAACAGACUCACAGUUCCCUCAAGCGGCAAGUUGUUGGAACUCCCUCAAGCGUCUACCAUCACACAGAAAGGACUACUUCACUUCUAGAAGAAGACAUAAGUGAGAAGGAAGAUGGUGAUAGAAGUAAAGGUGAAGGAGGCCCUGGUGGAGCAGUACCAGAGGGACGGAGCGGUGUUGGUGAAGAAGGCUUUCCACCAAGACUGGGUGGAAAAAGUUCGUCAGGGCAUCGCCAAGAACCUUCAAAAGCCCUCACAAUACAGCCAGUGUCUUAUGCAGGGAAAGGGGGCUUACUUCAACGACUUCUGCAACUGGCCGUGGAUACAUGAGUUCCGCGACUACGUGUAUGACUCCCCGGCUGCCUCCAUCGCCGCUGCCUUCAUGAAAUCGUCCAGUGUCGUCUUCUACCACGAGCACGUGCUCAAUAAGGAACCCGGCACAGAAAAACGAACCCCCUGGCACCAAGACCAACCGUACUACCCCAUUGAUGGUGACAAGGUUUGUUCGCUGUGGAUGCCCGUCGAUCCAGUCUCUCUUGAAACUUGUGUGCAGUUCGUGGCUGGCUCACACCUGUGGCCUCGGUGGUUCAUCCCUCGUAUGUUUGCUACUGAAUCUAACUACCCUCUGAAGGAGUCGCAGCAGGAGCAGGAGGAAGAGUUCGGAAAAGAAAGAGCUCGAAGAUACUAUGAUGUCCCUGUCGAGGAAAUUGAGUCCAACAAAUGGCCCAUCCUACAGUGGGAGUGUGAGGUGAAGACGCGGUAAUGGCCAGCCGCCCCUGGCAGGUGUCACCGCCUAUCACUGGUGGUCGACAGCCUGGCCAGUCUCCCGUGAGUGACAUCUUCCCUCUCGUCUACACACGCGCCUGAGACGCCUUUCGCGACUACACAAACUCCUUGACAUAAAUCUCCUCCACAAUGAUUAUUACAUUUGUUUUUUUUCAGAUAUAUUGUGAAACGAGAUCAAUAAAUCUUGUUUAAUUCCUAAAA